AUGAAAUUACUAUUUGGAUUAUUUAUAUUUGUUAUAAUUUUCUCAGCAAUUAAUUCUCAAAAUAUUGUUCAAAGUCCAUUUAAUUAUUUUGAAAUUUCAAAUGCGUUUUGUGGAAAUGUAAUUACAACAUAUCAAAUAAAUGCAGAAAAUAAUGGUUGUCUUAGAUCAUGUGAAGAUACCAAUGUAUCAGCCAAUUUUGUUAGAAUAGUUCAAACAACAACCAAUAAUAAUACUUUUACUGCCACAGAGUAUACUGAUUCCACUUGUACAAAUUUACCAGCUACCAAUGGUCAAACAUUUACAUUCACAUGUCAAUAUGAUAAUAAUCAAGUUACACUUGAUAAUGGUCAAAGAGUAAUAUGUUAUGAUUUAAAUACAAAAGCUCCAAUUCCAAAGAAUGUUAAUGAUAGUUCAGCAUCAAGUAGAUUAAUUAUUAGUUGUUCAAUUUUAUUCCUUGGUUUCAUUAUUGCUUUAUUAUUAUAA